GACAAGUCGACCAUCUAUAUACAUGUGUACAUUGUAUAAUUCCCAAUCACCGCCCCCUGUACUGAUGUGACAUGUCGACACACUUAUUGUAAUUUUUGUUGUAGUACUAGUUGUGAUUUAAUUGUUGCUGAUAUCAUUCCAUGGCAAUUCAACUGGAAUCAUAGCUGAUCUGCAAAUGAGAGCAAUGUACUAGAACGUAGUUUUGUGAAAUCAUGAUUUAACUAGGACAUCUCGAUUGCCCGUGGUGGUAGUAUUUGGGCCUCAAAUAGGGCUGUAUGGGUCAACACAUCACUCAGGUUUAAAUUGGUAAAGGGGAAUUUGUUAUAGAAUGUAUUGCAUGAUAAUAGAUUUAAUCAACAAGGAUAAGCUGGAAUUGAAUAGUUACACUACAUGAUACACUAGAGAGGAUGAACAAGUCAGUAACAACUGCUAAAAGAUUAACUAAAACCGCAGGAGGGCAGCCAUAUAUAAUCUGAUCAUUUAACAGGCAUAGUCAUAUACAUUUGGUACGAUGCAUUUACAAAUUUAUUAAAAUAUAGUAAAAAACUGUACAGAGCCGUUCAUGGGAGUAAGGCCAAGUGCUGUUGUCACAGAACAUAUAUUUAUAUCUCUACCUGUCACCAGUAUGACGUCAUAUGUUUCUCCUUUUGUGUUGGAUUGCACAGACGUUGUGCAUUUGUAUACAGCGCAUGUGGCCAAACCCGGUCGGUCAUGUGACUUAUUGUAACUAAAGGUAACACUAUAAAGUCAGGGACUGGCGUAAUGCGGUGCUGCAUUUAGAGCUAGUACUGGACUCAGGCAGUGCUUGGUCACAGCUGAGGCACCAACAUCAGACGAUCGGCAAACAAAUAAAGAGGAUGCUUACAUUAAAGUGAAAGGUACCACUGGCGACGCUCAGUAUACAGAAGAAAAUAUGGCUGCUUCUGAGGGUGGUUGGAGGACGGGCCAUAAGGCACAGCCUCCAGAUGAGAAAAGAACCAAGAUGCAAGAGGAUUGCUAUAAAAUGGACUCAGAGCCAAGAGGACUUUGUUAUAUAUUCAAUAACAAACGCUUUGAGGGGAGAAAACUACGAAUAGGAACUGAGAAAGAUAGGGAUCUCUUGAGAAAAGUAUGGAAAACGUUACAGUUUGAGGUUAAAACCUUUGAUGACCUCAAGAAACAGGAAAUGGAAGAAAAGCUGCAGGAGCUGGCCAGGCUGGACGUUCACAAGGACAAUGACUGUGUUGUGGUUUUCUUCUUGACGCAUGGGGACAACGGGACAGUACAGGGAUCAGAUAACGAGUGGUUGACAAUCGACAGUAUCAUAUCUCCGUUCAAAGCUGCAAACUGUCCUUUACUGGCUGGCAAACCAAAGUUAUUCUUCUUUCAGUCAUGCAGAGGAAAGCAAGAUCAAAAAGUUCAGUUCAACGUAGAUGGUGGUAAAACUCCAGUCCCUACCGAAAUCAAAGUUGAGAUUGACAAGAUGGCUUUAACCGAGGGCGAUUUUUUCUUCGGUUUUCCCACAGUGGCGGGGACAAAGGCUCGCAGAAACGAGGAGAAUGGCUCAUGGUUUAUUCAAGAGCUCGUCCAAACACUUCAGGAAUCAGCAGAUAGGGAAGACCUAGAAAGUUUGAUGACCACCACACGUCGUCGAGUGAACAAGCAUCGGUGUGAAACGGCUGACGGAACAUCUAUUAUGCAGACAGCUGAAUCAAAGACGACUCUGUUUAAAAAGGUUUACUUUAAAGGCAAAGUAUCAAGAAAAGCCAACUGCAGUACUGGACAAUCGGAACUGGACAAUCUAGUCAGUGAUGCAUUGAACCUUAUCAAGCAGGCCGAUUCAAACAAGCAUGUAUCUACAAACGGUGAGAGGUCUGCAUACAAUCUAAUACAACAGCAAGGAUCUGUCUUCAUAAAAGGAAAGUCAGGCUCAGGGAAAUCUACACUUGGUCUGACGAUUUUAGCAAGAGUAUCAAGAGAAACAAGCCGGUCGCCAGUCGUGCUUUCAUCAUGGAAUGAAUGGAAUCUGAUUCCUAAGGUUAAUCACGAGAACCACCAGGGGGAUGAAAGUACUGAACAGAAAAAGUAUGUGGUGUUAAUCGAUGAUAUAUUUGGAUCAAGUAAUCUGGUUGAAUCAGAUGUGAAUAUAUGGGUCAAGUUGUUUGACCGACUUUGGCAAAAUGUGGAAUCAGGUCAUGUAUGGCUUGUCAUUACCUCAAGAUCUGAAAUAUGUUUACAGUGUGAUGCCAAAAUCAGGAAGUACAAACUCAUAAAAACUAUUCAGUGCAUGGUUCUAGAUGAAGGAGAAUAUGUUUUCACACCAGGAGAAAAACUUGAAAUGAUAGAAAAGAUAUGUGGAGAUAAAUUCUUUAAUCAUCAUGAACGUAAUGACAUUGUUAGAAUGACCACUGUCCUCGGUUUUCCACAGUGUUGUACAUUCUUUGCAUCAAGCAAGGAAGCACAAUCAAAAGGCAAGGAGUUCUUCAAAAGACCACAUGAGUUCGUUUCUGAGGAAAUAACGAGAAUGCAGGAAUGUGAUGGAAUUGGUCACCUUGUCCUCCUUCUAACGUUGAUGAAAGAUGGUAACCUCAGCUCCGAUCAACUGAAACCCUCUACCUAUAAAGAAGAACUUGCGUCCACGGUUGAGUAUCUCAAAGAAUGUUGCAACAUUUCUACAGUUGUCACAGCGGCACACAUUAAAUCAAAGAUAGAGGAUUUCUGUGGAGUGUAUUUAGUCAAAACGGGAAAAAUCUACCAGUUCCAGCAUCAAUCUAUACAUGACGUUGUAUUUAUCAAUAUUUCAAAACGGGAACCUGAAAUUGCUAUACGCAAUUGCCCACCAAAGAUGCUGGUGGAAUUGAUGCAUACAAAGCAGAUGAACGAGAGUGACUUAGCCGUUAUCCUAGCCAGAGAUGAUUACCAUAUAUUAGCUGACAAGAUCACAGAUCUUCUUCUGUCAAAAAGCUACAGUGACAUUCUUGAUCAUCCUUCUUUACGUCAUGAGGAAUUUGUGAAGUUUCUGGUAGAAAGUUGGCGGGAAAAUAUGAAGUUAACUGAAGUUAUACAGAAAAAGCACGAGGUGAAAUGUGUUAAGUGGGACGUUCCCUCUUCUGAAGGAGAUGAUGAUUUAGAUUCAAGUUUUGGUUUUUAUCAUUAUUCACUUACCCUUUUCAACUAUACUUCCCUUAUCUCUGAUGUCAUUUUACAGGGGUUGAUGUUACUCCUGAAUGACAUACUGUCUGAUGUGUGCCACAAAGUUGAUACAACAGAAUUACUGGCACCUGCUCUGUAUAUCCAGGAUAACCAGCUUGUGCAAAAGCUGCUAGACAAGUGUAGAACAGAUCUGUCUGAUUGCUUCCUGGCACUAUGUGUUUCUCCGGCUAUUGAUCAAGAUAUCAAGGAACGUCUGACACAGAAUAUUACCUCAGAGAUACCUCAGCCGUACGAUGUACUCCUUGUCACUGUGUUAGUUGGAAAUAAGUACUUAGUGAAACAUAUACUACAAUAUCUUAAAAAUGACAAGGAUAUUGUAUCAAGGUGUCAGGAAAUAUUAAAGCUUUCAUUGCUUCAUCAGGGGUGUAACUGUUUAAGCAGUUCUCCAAAUACAUGUCAGGACUCUACCAUCAUGUGUACAAUCUUACACAUGUUGAUAUCUUUGAUACCUGCCAACUGCCCCCUUCAAGAUAUCACAGAUGGAAAAGGUAAUACACUUCUACAUCUGGCUGUUCAGACAGGAAAUCUUUACUACACCAACGUGUUUUUAAAUGAACAAAAUAGCCAGCAUCUUCCAUUAGAUCCACAAUGCGUACACUGGUUAAAUACAGAUGGUAGUACUCCGCUCCACCUAGCAGCAGGGAAUGAAAGUUGUGAGAUAGUGAAACGACUCCUAGACGAGGGGGCUUGCGUAUCCACACAAAACAAAGAUGGUGAUACUCCUCUUCACCAGGCAGCAUCAUGGGGACAUACUAAGACAGUAAAACUACUUCUGGAUGAGAAGGCUUAUGUAUCUACACCAAACAAAGAUGGUGAUACUCCUCUACAUCUAGCUCCACCCCGGGGACAAAGUGAGACAGUAAAACUACUUCUAAACAAGGGGGCUGGUGUAUGCACACAAAACAAAGAUGGUGAUACACCUCUACACAUGGUAGCAAAGUGGGGACAGAUUGAGACAGUAAAACUACUUCUAGACAACGCAGCAGAUGUAUCUACACAAAACAAAGAUGAUGAUACCCCUCUACACCUAGCAGGAUCGCGGGGUCAUAGUGAGACAGUAAAACUGCUUCUAGACAAAAAGGCUGAAGUAUCUACACAAAACAAAGAUGGUAAUACUCCUCUACACCUGGCAGCAUCGCGGGGACAUAGUGAAACAGUAAAACUACUUCUAGAGAAGGAGGCUGAUGUAUCAGCACAAAACAAAGAAGGUAAUACUCCUCUACAUCUAGCAGCACAUUGGGGACAUAGUGAGGCAGUGAAACUACUUCUAGACAAGAAGGCUGAUGUAUCUACACAAAACAAAGAUGGUAAUACUCCUCUACACCUAGCAGCAUCGCGGGGACAUAGUGAAACAGUAAAACUACUUCUAGAGAAGGAGGCUGAUGUAUCAGCACAAAACAAAGAUGGUAAUACUCCUCUACAUCUAGCAGCACAUUGGGGACAUAGUGAGGCAGUGAAACUCCUUCUAGACAAGAAGGCUGAUGUAUCUGCACAAAACAAAGAUGGUAAUACUCCUCUACACCUAGCAGCAUCGCGGGGACAUAGUGAGACAGUAAAACUACUUCUAGAGAAGGAGGCUGAUGUAUCAGCACAAAACAAAGAUGGUAAUACUCCUCUACAUCUAGCAGCACCUUGGGGACAUAGUGAGGCAGUUAAACUACUUCUAGACAAGGCAGUAGAUGUAUCUACACAAAACAGGGAUGGUGAUACUCCUCUACACCUAGCAGCAUCGCGGGGUUAUAGUGAGACAGUAAAACUACUUCUAGACAAAAAGGGUCAUGUAUAUACACAAAACAGGGAUGGUGAUACUCCUCUACACCUAGCAGCACCUUGGGGACAUAGUGAGGCAGUGAAACUACUUCUAGACAAGAAGGCUGAUGUAUCUACACAAAACAAAGAUGGUGACACUCCUCUACACCUAGCAGCAUCACGGGGACAUAGUGAGACUGUAAAACUACUUCUUGAGAAGGAGGCUGAUGUAUCUUCACCAAACAAAGAUGGUAACACUCCUCUACAUCUAGCAGCACCUUGGGGACAUAGUGAGGCAGUUAAACUACUUCUAGACAAGGCAGUAGAUGUAUCUACACAAAACAAAGAUGGUGAUACUCCUCUACACCUAGCAUCAUCGCGGGGUCAUAGUGAGACAGUAAAGCUACUUCUAGAUGAGAAGGCUUAUGUAUCUACACCAAACAAAGAUGGUGAUACUCCUCUACAUCUAGCAGCAUCGCGGGGUCAUAGUGAGACAGUAAAACUGCUUCUAGACAAAAAGGCUGAUGUAUCUACACAAAACAAAGAUGGUAAUACUCCUCUACACCUAGCAGCAUCGCGGGGACAUAGUGAGACAGUAAAACUACUUCUAGACAAAAAGGCUCAUGUAUCUACACAAAACAGGGAUGGUGAUACUCCUCUACACCUAGCAGCAUCGCGGGGACAUAGUGAGGCAGUGAAACUACUUCUAGACAAGAAGGCUGAUGUAUCAGCACAAAACAAAGAUGGUGAUACUCCUCUACACCUAGCAGCCCUUUGGGGACAUAGUGAGGCAGUGAAACUACUUCUAGACAAGAAGGCUGAUGUAUCCACACAAAACAGGGAUGGAUAUACUCCUCUACACCUAGCAGCAUCGCGGGGACAUAGUGAAACAGUAAAACUACUUCUAGACAAAAAGGCUCAUGUAUCUACACAAAACAAAGAUGGUGAUACUCCUCUACACCUAGCAGCACCUUGGGGACAUAGUGAGGCAGUGAAACUACUUCUAGACAAGAAGGCUGAUGUAUCAGCACAAAACAAAGAUGGUGAUACUCCUCUACACCUAGCAGCAUCGCGGGGACAUAGUGAGACAGUAAAACUACUUCUAGACAAGAAGGCUGAUGUAUCUACACAAAACAAAGAUGGUGAUACUCCUCUACACCUAGCAGCACGUUGGGGACAUAGUGAGGCAGUGAAACUACUUCUAGACAAGAAGGCUGAUGUAUCAGCACAAAACAAAGAUGGUGAUACUCCUCUACACCUAGCAGCAUCGCGGGGUCAUAGUGAGACAGUAAAACUACUUCUAGACAAAAAGGCUCAUGUUUCUACACAAAACAGGGAUGGUGAUACUCCUCUACACCUAGCAGCACGUUGGGGACAUAGUGAGGCAGUGAAACUACUUCUAGACAAGAAGGCUGAUGUAUCAGCACAAAACAAAGAUGGUGAUACUCCUCUACACCUAGCAGCCCGUUGGGGACAUAGUGAGGCAGUGAAACUACUUCUAGACAAGAAGGCUGAUGUAUCCACACAAAACAGGGAUGGAUAUACUCCUCUACACCUAGCACAAUCACGGGGACAUGGUGAGACAGUGAAACUACUUCUGGUCAAGUAGGCUGAUGUAUCAAAUCAAAACAAAAAUGGUCUUACCCCUCUGCACCUAGCAAUAUCGCUGGGACAUAGUGAGACAGUAAAAUUACUUCGAGACAGGGGGGUCGGGGGCAGAUAUAUGUACACAAGACAAACAAAUUAUACUUCUCUACCCCCAUCAGCAUGUUGAGACAGCAAACGGCUCCUAGAGUCACUAAUGCCCGAGCUGAAGGAUGAAAUCCCUGUCAAUAUCCAAUUGUAAAGCAAUUCCGCCUAUCAGCAGGUGGGUGGGUACAAUUGAUGAUACAUUGACUGCAUGAAUGCAAGGAGCAAGUUACUUACAAAGAAACCGUCAAAAAUCAACCAUAUUACCCUAGAUAACUGAUGUUUUUUUCUUACUUUUCUUUUUCAUCAUUUGUUUUUGUUUUUCCGUUAGAUUAUGUUGAUUUGUAUUGCAAUUGUAUGUCUUAUUUUCCCGGGUUUUCAUGUUGCACAUUUACAAUAUACAGGAACAUCGCUCAUAAACACACCCAAACAUUUGUUCCUGUCAACCGGAACCUUUCACAACAUGGUCGGAACAAUUUUAUGUAAUCCUGAUAUUUUUUCUGGGUCGGAACUUAAUUAAAGCAGAACAAAGGCAUGCUUACACAA